AUGAGGGUCCUUCUCCAUUUCCCUGCCCUCCUGGCAUCUCUGACUUUGCUCCAGGCUGCAGUGUCUCCCACAAGUGCACAGACCACUAUUGCCACUGCCAUCUCUGAUGCUGUGAAUCAGGCCAAAGUCCAAGUCAACAAGGCCUUCCUGGAUUCCCGAACCAGGCUGAAGACUUCCAUGAGCUCCCAGCGUCCCACCACCAGACAGCUCAUAGAAUACCUCAAGCAUGCCAAAGGCCAGACUCGUUCGGCCAUUCGCAAAGGGCAGGUAUGGGAGGAGUCCUUAAAGAGACUGAGACAGAACUCAACCUUGACCAAUGUCACAGACCUCAGCCAAGGCUUGGAUUUCCUCUUCCAUGAAGUGGGCUGUGCUGUCUCUUUCCCUGUGGUGACAUGUGACAAGAACAGUCCUUAUCGUUCCAUUACGGGCGACUGUAAUAACAGGAGGAAUCCCGCGCUGGGAGCCGCAAACAGGGCGCUGGCGCGCUGGCUGCCGGCCGAGUACGAGGACGGGCUCUCCCUCCCCUUUGGGUGGACGCCAGGGAAGACACGGAACGGUUUCUCUCUCCCACUGGCCCGCGAGGUAUCCAAUCAGAUUUUUGGCUAUUUGAAUGAGGAGGGUGUUCUGGACCCAAACACAUCCCUGCUCUUCAUGCAGUGGGGUCAAAUUGUGGAUCAUGACUUGGACUUUGCCCCUGACACUGAGUUGGGGAGUAGUGAGUACUCCAAAACCCAGUGUGACAAAUACUGUAUCCAGGAGGACAACUGUUUCCCUAUCAUGUUCCCACCCAAAGACCCCAAGGUGAAGACUCAAGGGAAGUGCAUGUCAUUCUUCCGAGCCGGGUUCGUCUGCCCCACUUCACCCUACAAGUCCCUGACCCGAGAGCAGAUCAAUGCUCCCACCUCCUUCCUGGAUGCCAGCUUUGUGUAUGGGUCGGAGUGGAGUCUGGCCAGACGUCUUCUCAACCUCAGCAGCCCUCUGGGCCUCUUGGCUGUCAACCAGGAGUUCUCGGACCAUGGGCUGCCCUACCUACCCUUUGACAGCAAGAAGCCAACCCCCUGCGAAGUCAUCAACACCACUGCCAGAGUGCCCUGCUUCCUGGCGGGAGAUUCCCGAGCCUCAGAACAGAUUCUGUUAGCUACUUCCCACACCCUCUUCCUCCGAGAGCACAACCGCCUGGCCAGAGAACUAAAGAGACUCAACCCUCAUUGGGAUGGAGACAUACUCUACCAGGAAGCCCGGAAAAUCCUGGGAGCCUUCCUGCAGAUUGUCACCUUUAGGGACUACCUGCCCAUUGUGCUAGGAGAGGAAAUGCAGAAGCAGAUCUCUCCAUACCGAGGCUACAGCGAAUCUGUGGAUCCCCGAAUCUCCAAUGUCUUCACCUUUGCCUUCCGCUUUGGCCACUUAGAGAUUCCCUCCACUGUGUCCCGCCUCGAUGAGAACUAUCAGCCUUGGGGUCUGGAGCCUGAGCUACCCCUGCAUACCCUCUUCUUCAAUACCUGGAGGAUGGUCAGAGAUGGUGGAAUUGAUCCUCUGGUACGGGGCCUAUUGGCCAAGAAGUCCAAGUUGAUGGAUCAGAAUAAAAUGAUGACAGGAGAACUACGCAACAAACUAUUCCGGCCACCUCAAAAAAUUCAUGGCCAUGACCUGGCCGCCAUCAACAUACAACGGGGCCGGGACCAUGGCCUGCCUGCGUACAACUCCUGGAGAAGCUUCUGUGAUCUCUCCCAGCCCAAGACAAUGGAGGAGCUGAACACUGUGUUGAAGAAUGAGAUGCUGGCUAAGAAAUUACUGGAUCUCUAUGGAACUCCUGAUAACAUCGACUUCUGGAUGGGGGCCAUUGCAGAGCCCAUGGUAGAGGGAGGCCGGGUGGGGCCUCUCCUGGCCUGCCUCUUGGGGAAGCAGUUCCAACAGAUCCGAGAUGGAGACAGGUUCUGGUGGGAGAACCCUGGGGUCUUCACCAAGGAACAGAGGGAUGCUCUUCGGAAAGUAUCCUUCUCACGCCUCGUCUGUGACAAUACCCACAUCACCAAAGUCCCCCUGAACCCAUUCCAGGCCAACAGCUAUCCCCAAGGCUUUGUGGAUUGUUCCGUCAUUGAUAAGCUGGACCUUUCACCCUGGGCCUCAGUGGGAAAGUAG